AUGCGGAAGCGCGGGCGUUCUCUCUCUGAUGUGUCCGGUUCCAUCGACGUGCUUGUCUCCUGCACACGUGUUUGCGCAGUGAGUGCGAGCCCGUUGGUGUCGCGUAGCGGCGAUGAUGGCGACUCGCAGAGCAUCGGCAGUGACGCCGCUCGCAUGCAGGCGGUUUCCAACUUGAGUGCCGACCAGAUGGACUCCCAGAAGAGCGCGGCGAAUGCCUUUACAACGGAGAUGAGCUUCUUCAGCAGGGUGGAGGAGGACAUUGCAGACAUGUGUGUCUACUUGGCGCGGACCGUCUCCACGGCACGGACCCACGACGCCUUCGUCUCACUGGUCGAACACUUUGUGAAACACGGCCCGGAGACUGUCAUGCUCUCGCUUAAGCGCUCGGGUUUGCAGCCGCGGCUGCUAGACCUUCUCUGCAGAUCCUCAUUCCAGUGGUCCAGAGGAGAGUGUCAGCGCCUCUUCCUUAAUUUCUUCGUUCUCGUAGUGAAACUGAGCGAUACAGAGGCACUAUGCGAUUCUGCACUAAUUUCAUUUCUGUUACUGAACAGCCAGCCAACAAAGAAAGCACUCCAACCACCACCGUCGCUGACAUCAACGACAUUGUCACCAGCAGCUUCGUCACCUGGUGAAGAAUCUUUAGUAGUUGAACGACCAUUGCAUUGGUCACAGCGCGUGAGACAAGCGAAAGUGGUGGCGAAGGCAUCUCCGCGGGAGCCAAACACCACUGAUUUGAAGGCAGUGGUGGGACAGCUUUGUGGGACGGAGACUGAUGUCUCCGGGGCAUCUCUGGCACUCCGGGCGUUGCUGGACAUUGUGUUCAGGCAGAACCGCAACACUGCGCUCCAUGCUGACACCAGCGUGUGUCUCAUGUUCGCUGAGCUUGAUGGCUUUGACAUCGUUGCCGCUUUCCUCACCGGCGAGGAAUGCUCAGACGCUCUACAUCUGCUGGAGGCGGUGACCCUCUGCGAAGGUCUGCGCACCCUCCAUGCGUUGAAACUGGAAAGGACGGCUGCUUGUUUAGUGCGCUUUCUCACUGGCAAGGACGGGAAACAGAGGAUGGAGGAUGAGGCGUGGCACAACACGAUGAACGCCGCCUUGCGUGUUUUGACAAACGUGACGGGGCUUGUCCCCUCCGUUUUGUGUGAGCUGCUGCAGGAGGGCCGCGCGCUGGCGGAACUGGCCGCAGAGGUGCUGACGGACGCCGACGCUCCGCCGGACACGCUCGCCUUCACUCUGUGCCUCGUGACGAACAUCGUGAAGUGGGAGGCCCGUGAGCGGAUUGAUGCGUUCACGAGUUGCCUCGUCGAGGACCCGUCGUUUCUGCCACGCGUGGCCUCCCUGACAUUUCGCGCGUACCACGCGGAGGACACGGAGAAGAACGUCGUGGCGGGAUACUACGCCCUCCUGCUUGCCGUCCUCUCGCUGUGCGCCUCACCGGCGCUGCAGCUGCGUGUGCCCGUCAUGACUGCCGUCGCCCACGCCACGAAGGGAACAGUGGCGGGGAAGAUGGUGGAGGCGAAGCCCAUGACGCUCAUUGUGGCGCUCCUGCAGGAGUUCGUGCUCUUCCAGGGCUCGGCGGGGUCGCUGACAAAGGAGAGCCUCGUCUCCAUGAGCAGCAUCAUAGACAGCGUUGUGCUUCACAACGACAUAGAGGUCGUAUCAGACGGUUGA